CUCCUUCCUCCCGCCAUCUAUCUCCCUCUCUUUUGAGGAGGGCACCGCCAUUUAGUUAAUUAGUAGUUGUUAAUUAUCUUCACUAACCUUAAUUACCCUCACGCAAAGCACUCUCUAAUCCUCCUCGGCGCUCGCAUAAUCUUGUAUCCCUCAUCUCAGAUUAUCAUCACCUCGCCGUGUUAGAAAAAAGGGAGUAAGUUCGUUUUAUCGUCGGAUUUGGUGAGAGUUCGCCGGAGUAGAAGAAGAUGACGGUGACGCCGCAGAUCACGGUGAGCGACGGGAGGCUGGCGGUGCGGGGGCGGACGGUGCUGACCGGCGUGCCGGAGAACGUGACGGCGGCGCACGCGUCCGGCGCCGGGCUCGUCGACGGCGCCUUCGUCGGCGCCGACGCCGGCGAGGCCAAGAGCCACCACGUCUUCACCUUCGGCACGCUCCGGGAAUGCCGGUUCAUGUGCCUGUUCAGGUUCAAGCUGUGGUGGAUGACGCAGAGGAUGGGCUCCUCCGGCCGCGACGUCCCGCUCGAGACCCAGUUCAUGCUCAUCGAGGUCCCCGCCACCGCCGCCGGCGACGGCCACGACGGCGGCGGCGACGGCGAGCCGGUGUUCGUGGUGAUGCUGCCGCUGCUGGAGGGGAAGUUCCGCGCGGCGCUGCAGGGAAACGACGACGACGAGCUCCAGAUAUGCAUCGAGAGCGGGGAUAAGGCGGUGCAGACAGAGCAGGGCGUGAACAUGGUGUACAUCCACGCUGGGACCAACCCCUUCGACACGAUCACCCAAGCCAUCAAGGCAGUGGAGAAGCGAAUGCAGACGUUCCACCACAGGGACAAGAAGAAGAUGCCGUCCUUCUUGGAUUGGUUCGGGUGGUGCACAUGGGACGCGUUCUACACCGACGUCACCGCCGACGGCGUCAAGCAGGGCCUCCGCAGCCUCGCCAAUGGCGGCGCGCCGCCGCGCUUCCUCAUCAUCGACGACGGCUGGCAGCAGAUCGGCACCGAGGACGACGACACGGACGAACACCCCGCCGUCGCCGUCCAGGAGGGCGCCCAGUUCGCCAGCCGGCUCACCGGCAUCAAGGAGAACGUCAAGUUCCAGAGCAAGAACGGCGGCGCCGGCGAGGACACGCCGGGGCUGAGGAUGCUGGUGGAGGAGGUGAAGGGGGAGCACGGCGUCCGGCAGGUGUACGUGUGGCACGCCAUGGCCGGGUACUGGGGCGGCGUGGCGCCGGCGCCGGCGAUGGAGCGGUACGAGGCGGCGCUGGCGUACCCGGUGCAGUCGCCGGGGGUGACGGCGAACCAGCCGGACAUCGUCAUGGACUCCCUCUCCGUGCUCGGCCUGGGCCUCGUCCACCCGCGCAAGGUGCUCGACUUCUACGACGAGCUCCACGCCUACCUGGCGUCGUGCGGCGUCGACGGCGUGAAGGUGGACGUGCAGAACAUCAUCGAGACGCUCGGCGCCGGCCACGGCGGCCGCGUCGCGCUCACGCGCGCCUACAACCGCGCGCUCGAGGCGUCCGUGGCGCGGAGCUUCCCGGACAACGGCUGCAUCUCCUGCAUGUGCCACAACACCGACAUGCUCUACAGCGCGCGCCAGACCGCCGUCGUCCGCGCCUCCGACGACUUCUACCCUCGCGACCCGGCGUCCCACACCAUCCACGUCGCCUCCGUCGCCUACAACACCGUCUUCCUCGGCGAGUUCAUGCAGCCCGACUGGGACAUGUUCCAUAGCUUGCACCCGGCGGCGGAGUACCACGGCGCGGCGAGGGCGAUCGGCGGGUGUCCGAUCUACGUCAGCGACAAGCCGGGGAACCACAACUUCGAUCUGCUCAGGAAGCUCGUCCUCCCCGACGGCUCCGUGCUCCGGGCGCGCCUCCCCGGCCGCCCCACCCGCGACUGCCUCUUCUCCGACCCGGCGCGCGACGGCGAGAGUUUGCUCAAGAUAUGGAACCUGAACAAUUGCGGCGGCGUGGUCGGGGUGUUCAACUGCCAGGGCGCCGGGUGGUGCAGGGUGGCCAAGAAGACGCGCGUGCACGACGCGGCGCCCGGGACGCUCACCGGCGCCGUGCGCGCCGACGACGUCGACGCCAUCGCGCAGGUCGCCGGCGGCGACGGCGGAGGCUGGGACGGGGAGGCCGUGGUGUACGCGCACCGGGCGCGUGAGCUGGUCCGGCUGCCGCGCGGCGCCGCGCUGCCGGUGACGCUCGGGGCGCUCGAGUACGAGGUGUUCCACGUCUGCCCCGUCCGCGCCAUCGCCGCGGCGCCGGGCGGCGCCGCCGUCGCGUUCGCGCCCGUCGGGCUCCUCGACAUGUUCAACGCCGGCGGCGCCGUCGAGGAGUGCGCCGUCGAUGCCGCAGCCGCCGUGGCGCUCAGGGUGCGCGGUUGCGGCCGGUUCGGCGCCUACUUCUCGCGGAGGCCGGCGAGGUGCGCGCUCGACGGCGCCGACGUGGGGUUCACCUACGACGGCGACACGGGGCUCGUCGCCGUCGACCUGCCGGUGCCGGAGCAGGAGAUGUACAGGUGGAACCUGGAGAUUCACGUCUAGGAUGCUGCUGCUGCCACGUGGCGGUGCGAUCUUUGCCCUCUGGUGUUCGUGGCUGAGACAUUCCCAGCCGUUGGAUCAUUGCCAUUGAUGGUUUGCAGCAGAGAUGGACGGACCGAUGGAGAGAUUGUGAUGUGCCCUCUUACGACUUGCAACGCGGUAGAGGGAGUAUGCUUUGCUACAUCUAAAAUGAAAGAAGAAAAUUAUAGUAUGCUUUUGUCAUGUUAUGGCUUGUAAAAUGCAAUAAUAUGAUGUAAUGCUAUGGUUUAUGUAUUAUUAUUAGCUGAUAAAUAAAGGAUGGUGCUCCUUAAAAAUAUA